AAAUGUUUAGCAAGGGAAACCACUCUAGCACUAAUUAUGCUAAUUGUGAUAUGGAUGUCAAGUGUAGCUGAAAAUACAGGAAAUGGUGGUGACUAAAACCAGAACUAGGAAAUAACAAUUUGAAAAAUUGGUAAUACAUCAUGAUGGAGUCAUGUGACCUGUGAUCAACUGAGCCAUUGUUGACUAGCAUAUAUUUUUCACAUCAGAUUGGUCUGUGGGGAAACUUUACCAGGCAUUAAUCAAUACUCUGUGGAGAGGAGAAGUGUGCUGCACAUAUACAGCCAUCUCAUUAUAACUGGGUUUUAAUUGGAAAUUUCUUAUAUAUUGUCAUGGCUUGAGAAGUCCUAGUUGUGUAGUAAAAUGAUACUUUUUAUUGAUAAAAUAAGCUCGCAGAGUUUUCAGAAAAGCUUUAAUUGGCGACUAUGAUGAGCCAGUAAAGUUGUGAAAGUAAUGUCUUAUUGAUUGCUUUGAGAGAAACGAGCUGUAUUUAUGCUGGCGACAAAUUAGGAAUGGUUUUAAAUUAUUUAGAGUGAACAUUGAGGAGAUACAGUGCAUAAGAAACAAAAUUAAUGCAUUUAGCAUUUUAUUGUAAAAGAACGAUGAUGGCAGCUAGUAGACGUAAGAAGGUGAUGUUGUAUGGCGCUUUCACACUAGUGUUAGUGGUAGCUUUCUUACAAGUCACAUACUUUAAUGAGGCAUACAGCCCGCUACAGGUAUUGUCUGAUGCCCGAAGUGAGGCGAGAAGAUUGUUGAAGUUUAUAACAUUAUAUCAUUAUCAGUGUAACAAUACUAUACAAGGUGCAAAUGUGUCAAGCUGGCCAGUGUGUUUAGAAAAAUCUGGAGGUUUAAAUCUGGUGCUGGGUGGCCCUAGAAUCAUGUAUUCUGUUGGACCCACCUAUGAUUGUUCCCUGGAGAGAAUGCUUGCAUUAAACUUCUCGUAUUCAGUGUAUAUAUUCCAUCAUCAAAAACUAGCAUUAGACUUUAGUAGAUCAUCUGCCAGAAAUAGAACUAAAGUUGUAAAAACUAUAAUUGUGCCAAAUGAUCCUGCCGAUUUUGGGCGGAAUUCAUAUGAAACACAGACAUUGAAUAAUGUGUUUGAGCUUUUGAAGCACCCUGUAGUUGACAUUUUAAAGAUAGAAACUGUGUCAGAUAUGAAACAUUCUCAUGAACUGUUACAAUACAUAGUUAAAGAUCAUCUACUCACAGGAGUCAGGCAGUUACAUCUCUCUCUUUACAUAGAUAAAGUAGAUGAUGAUUAUUUAUACAGCUGGUAUAAAGCAUUCUAUGAGUUGUUUCAUCAUGAGGGUUUCCGACUGUACCACACUGCAGCCUCGGACACCCUAUGUCUCCAGGUAACCCUGAUGGAGUCCUGUGUGUACUAUCUGUCAUGGAUCCGAGACCCCGGACCAGAGACCUUCAUACUUUACCCGCCCGCCAUUGAUGGUUCAGAAAGUUUUGAGGAAGAUCGUCUCCUUGACUACAUGGAGAAUACAGAAGCUUCCUGUAGCAAUGACCUUGAGGUCAAUAUUCCGUCUGCUGCAGUUGUAACACUUUGUAUGGAUACAGUUGACAGAAAUCCAAACAAACCUUGCCAAGUUGUUUUAUUCAGAAGUUCAGGUGUUCAGGGGUCUAUAACAGCUAUACCAAAUAGUAGGUGUUCAGUUACUACCCUCGAGAUUGAGGCGAACUCACAGGGAGAAAUAAUAUUCUUUGUCAAACAUAGAAGAUAUGAGCGGAGUGUCACGAGACCAGUGACGUUAGAAGAAGCUCUGCAGAAACAUCUUCCCAUGUCACAUACCAACCUUGUAUAUAUAGAUUUGAACAAAUCAUUCUGGGAAUUUUUUACCAAUAUACUGGAUAGUGGAGCUUUCUUUAAUGUAGAUCAGAUUAUAGUAGAUAUAAAGAAGUUAUGGGGUAAUCACCGGGCCAUAGAGUUACGUAGAAGAUACAGCGAGCUGCAACGCAUAGAAGCAUAUGGUUUCCGUAAAUAUCAAAUCAACGAGAACAAACUCACCUUUAGAGGAAAGUCUGUGAAUGACAACGACAAUUUUAAGAUAAACUAUUUAAAAACAGCAACGGGAAGGUCAUACCAUUGACAAAACCAUCAUUGGGAACAUUUACGAAGACAACCACCAGUAUUUUAGGAUCGUCAUCUUGUGUUGCUCAUGUGAAAGUAUUUGUCAUGUUUUUUCCACUGUUGAAGUAUUAUUUUGAAAAAUCAACUUUGGGUUCAAGGCUAUGAAGCUGAGCUUGAAAAGUAGUCUCAUUACUCCAGUAUCUGAUUGGUUGUUUCUGAGCAUGUGUUUGAAAAUGACCAAUGGGAGAACUACAUUCUUUGACUGGUCUCCAAAAUAAGUUUUAGAGCCAAGUGACAACAGUUUCAAGUACUUGCCAAAAUAAAAUUUAUUGUAAAAGAGUAUGCAAAUGUUGUAAAAGUCUAGCUGAGUCUAUAAUAAAUCAACUGCUUGGUUAUCUUUCCCUCCUGUUCAGACUUUUUAUGCCGCCCCAAUCUUUUUUUUUUUUUUUUUUUUUUUUUUUUUUCUUUCUCCAAGGUAUUUUUAAGGUAGUAUUUAUAUUUAUGCCCCCCUUUGAAAAAGGAGGGGUAUAUUGUUUUGCAGAUGUCGGUCGGUCGGUCGGUCGGUCGGAAUGUAGACCAAUCCGUUUCCGGAUGAUAACUCAAGAACGCUUGGGCCUAGGAUCAUGAAAGUUGAGAGGGAGGUUGGUCAUCACCAGCAGAUGACCCCUAUUGAUUUUUAGGUCUGUAUGUCAACGGUCAAGGUCACAGUGACCCUGAAUAGUAAAACGGUUUCCGGAUGAUAACUCAAGAACACUUGGGCCUAGGAUCAUGAAAGUUAAUAGGGAGGUUGGUCAUCACCAGCAGAUGACCCCUAUUGAUUUUGAGGUCAGUAUGUUAAAGGUCAAGGUCACAGUGACCCUGAACAGUAAAACGGUUUCCGGAUGAUAACUCAAGAACACUUGGGCCUAGGAUCAUGAAAGUUGAUAGGGUGGUUGGUAAUGACCAGCAGAUGACCCCUAUUGAUUUUGAGGUCAGUAUGUCAAAGGUCAAGGUCACAGUGACCCUGAACAGUAAAACGGUUUCCGGAUGAUAACUCGAGAACACUUGGGCCUAGGAUCAUGAAAGUUGAUAGGGAGGUUGGUAAUGACCAGCAGAUGACCCCUAUUGAUUUUAAGGUCAGUAUGUUAAAGGUCAAGGUCACAGUGACCCUGAACAGUAAUACGGUUUCCGGAUGAUAACUCAAGAACGCUUAGGCCUAGGGUCACGAAAGUUGAUAGGGAGGUUGGUAAUGACCAGCAGAUGACCCCCAUUUGAUUUUGAGGUCAGUAUGUCACAGGUCAAGGUCACAGUGACCAGGAACAGUAAAAUGGUUUUCAGGCAAUAACUCAAGAACGCUUGGGCCUAGUGUCAGGAAAAUUGAUAGUUAGGUUGGCCAUGACCAGCAGAUGACCCCUAUUGAUUUUGAGGUCAUUAGGUCAAAGGUCAAGGUUACAUUGGCCAGGAACAGUUAAAUGGUUUCUGAUCUUCUUGUCCAAAACCAUAGGGCCUAGGGCUUUGAUAUUUGGUAUGCAGCAAAAUCUAGUGGUCCUCUACUAAGAUUGUUCAGAUUAUUUCCCAAGGGUCAAAUAUGGCCCCACCCCUAGGGUCACAUGGUUUAUAUAGACUUAUGUAGGAAAAAACUUUGAAAAACCUCUUGUCCAAAACCACAUGGCCUAGGGCUUUGAUAUUUUGUAUAUGACAUCAUCUAGUGGUCCUCUACUAAGAUUAUUCAAAUUAUUCCCCUAGGGUCAAAUAUGGCUCCGCCGUGGGGGUCACAUGGUUUACAUAUACUUAUAUAGGGAAAAACUUUGAAAAUCUUCUUGUCCAAACCACAAAGACUAUGGCUUUGGUAAUUUGUAAUGUAGCAUCAUUUAGUGGUUCUCUACCAAGUUUGUUCAAGUUAUCCCUCUCGGGUCAAAUAUGGCCCCGCCCCAGAGGUCAUAUGGUUCAUAUAGACUUAUACAGGGAAAAACUUAGAAUCUUCAUGUCCAUAACUUACGUCAUUCAAAUUUGGACCACAUGUAUAGUUUUGAGUGGCAAGAUGAACCUUGACAUGAGUUGACUUUGACUUUGAUCUUGACCUAGUGACCUACUUUCACAUUUCUGUACCUACAGCCUUCAAAUUUGGAUCACAUGCAUAGGUUUGUGUACUGAAAAAAACUUUGACCUUGUUAUUUACCUAGUGACCUACUUUCUCAUUUUUGAAGGUACAGGCUUCAAAUUUGGACCACAUGCAUAGUUUUUUGUUCCAAAAUAAAAUUUGAUCUUGAUUUUAACCUAGUGACCUACUUUCACAUUUCUAGUGACCUACUUUCACAUUUCUGAAGGUACAGGCUUCAAAUUUGGACAACUUGCAUAGUUUUGUGUUCCGAAAUGGAAUUUGUGUUUACAGUGAGCAGAUAAUUUCUGUUCCUUGUGCAAUUACUGAAUGCAUCAAGGGGGGCAUUUCGUGUUCGACGAGCUCUUGUUCAGUAAGUAUUUUGUUGUAUAACUAUCUUUUUAUUCAACUGAAAUAAACUGUUAUGUAUAUUUCAUUUUUUUUUAAUAUAGCCUGUCAUUUUUUGAGCUUUCAUAAGGGCUAUUAUUUAUUAUCAGAAAUAAAGAACAAGAUUGCCCCCACUCCCAUUCUAUGCAAAUCUAGCGAUUGAUCUAAAAUAGCCUAAAAGCUAAGGUGUCGUUGCCUUAUGCUGUCUUGCCAUGCAAUAGAUCUUUACAGAGAACAGGUACUAUAAGCGCUACUGAAAUUAUUUGGGUGUUUCUUUAUGUAGUAGGAAUAUUUAGCUGUUGUCUAAGACAAAGUUCACAAUGAUAUAGCUGCAAUACAGAGUUCCUCAUGAUCAAGUGUUUCUCUUUACAAUGUAACAUUUAGAUGUCACCAAGAGUUUUCUUUCUGUCGUAUACCCAGCUGUUUAGAAAUGUCUGCCGUGUUGUCCUGAGGGAGCACUGCACUGCUCAUUGCUAUAUGUCUCUAGUAGUUCUAUAUAUGGAAGAACCCAUGUCGCUUCUUGGUAAUGAAGCAAUAUUGUCUUUGUAAAUAUGCAUUGUAAAGUCAUUUGGCAUAAAACGGCUGGUUUAUGUUUACUGAAGCAGCAUUUGCCAGAAUAAUUCACUCAGGACUACGCCCUUGUAGCCCUCAUGCAAUUAUUACUGAGACAUAUAACUUCUUUUACAUGUAUUAAUAAUGUUAAAACACAAUUUCUCUAUUAUGAAUGAAGAACAUAGAUCCAUUUUACUUAUUUUGCCCUGAUAUUAAAAUUAAUGAGUCCUUCAAAACGUUCAACUUAAAAGCUUGUAUUGGCAGCUUAAUUUUCUUUAUAAAUGAUGAUACUUGGAAAAAUCUGAAUUAUGUAGAAUGGAAAAAUAUUUUAUCAGAUUGUGCAGAACUACCUUAAAGAAUUUUUUGCACAAGUACAUGUAAAUCUUGGUGUUUAGUCUGUAGAUUUUUAUUCUGUAAGUUAAGUCAAUUUUAUGCUGAAGAGUGGGGUACUACAAAGUUAUAAACUGUCUUCUUAGUUUGAAAUUCAGUUUGCAAAAACCCAGAAUGGUUUGUCUUCCAAGUGAUAUCUUUGAAUCAAAACAAUAUUUUCUGUACUUAACAUUUGUUCAUUUAUAAAUGUUUUUCUAAUUUUCAGAUCUAGAAAAGUUGCCAUUACUAGCAUUAGAUUGUGUAUAGCUGUAGAAAGGUGAUGAAGUAUUAAAUGAGCCGUGCCAUGAGAAAACCAACAUAGUGGCUUUGCGACCAGCAUGGAUCCAGACCAGACUGCGCAGAUGCGCAGGCUGGUCUGGAUCCAUGCUGGUCGCAAACCCACUAUGUUGAUUUUCUCAUGGCACGGCUCAAAUAUGCAUUUAGUAUUAGUAGUAGAUAGAACAUCAGUCGUGACUGUGGCAUAGAAAUUUGUUAUAACUUGUGUACAGCUAGGCUUGACAUGUCUUUGUAUGUUUUGUUUGUGUCAGUUUGUUAAGACUUGCUAUGACGGUACAACUCCGGAAGAUGGAUUGCUCCGUUGAUAAAAGUCUGUGUAACAUUGUAAAAAUUUAGAUGUGAAGUAUGCGGUUUUGAAAUUUCACUAUUUCAGAAAUAUAUUCAAUCUGUGAAUUGACUCAUCAGGCCAGUCCAGUACAGCAUAAAAUGUGGCAUAUGGGAUGUCACUGUAACAGGUGCUAAUACAUACCGCAGUCUCAUUCAUACAUCACAGUGUCUUAAUUAUACAAUUCUUACUGUGUCAAAAUUAUAUCUUAUCUUAUGAUUUAGAAGUAAUUAAGUCUGUAGUGUGGUACACAGCAUUCCCUGAUUUCUCUUUAUAUUUAAGUAAUCAUCUAAAAACUCAAAGUUUCUUGAUUACUGUAGUUUUGAGUUUAUUGUCAGAAAUGAUAUUGUUGGUGGAUUUUAGACAAAACUUUCAGGAUAUCUUAGUAUAAUAAAAGCUUUAUUUUCUAGUGAGAUUAUGUUAUAUUUUGAAGGAAAUGAGUUUUCAAAAUUUUUCAUUGGCAAAACUUUUACAAAAGUAUAAAAAUAAUGCAUUUGGCUAUAGAAUUGACAUUGAUUAAGAGCAUUUUGAGAAAUCAGAAAGUUCCUACUAUCAUUCUAGGAGACCUUUAGAAUACUGUAUAACAUUACCGGGAUCAUGCAAAAUAAAGCUGAAAAACAAAAAAAAAACAAAAAACUUGUUACUGAUAGGUUGAAUAAACAGUAACUGUUAUCAUCCUAUCUCAGAAAUUCAUUUUGCCAGUCAACAUUUCAAAGUUCUGUUUCUUACUGUGUUACAUCACAUCUGCAUAAAACAGAACUGACUAGAAAACAUGGGUUAAUAUACAAAAUUUUGAACAUUUGUAUAAAAGUGUAGUUUUUAGCUCAUCUGAUUUUUUGAAAAAAAAUGAUGAGUUAUUGUCAUCACUUGAGCGGUUGUCGGCGUCGGCGUCGGCGUUGCCUGGUUAAGUUUUAUGUUUAGGUCAGCUUUUCUUCUAAACUAUCAAAGCUAUUGCUUUGAAACUUGGAAGACUUGUUCACCAUCAUAAGCUGACCCUGUAUAGCAAGAAACAUAACUCCAUCUUGCUUUUUGCAAGAUUUAUGGCCCCUUUUGUACUUAGAAAAUAUCAGAUUUCUUGGUUAAGUUUUAUGUUUAGGUCAAUUUUUCUCCUAAACUAUCAAAGCUAUUGCUUUGAAACUUGGAAUUCUUGUUCACCAUCAUAAGCAGACCCUGUACAUCAAGAAACAUAACUCCAUCUUGCUUUUUGCAAGAAUUAUUGCCCCUUUUGGACUUAGAAAAUCAGUUUUCUUGGUUAAGUUUUAUGUUUAGGUCAGCUUUUAUCCUAAACUAUCAAAGCUAUUGCUUUAAAACUUGCAACACUUGUUCACCAUCAUAAGCUGACCCUGUACAGCAAGAAACAUAACUCCAUCCUGCUUUUUGCAAGAUUUAUGGCCCCUUUUGGACUUAGAAAAUAUCAGAUUUCUUUGUUAAGUUUUAUGUUUAGGUCAACUUAUUCUCUUAAACUAUCAAAGCUAUUGCUUUGAAACUUGCAACACUUGUUCACCAUCAUAAGCUGACCCUGUACAGCAAGCAACAUAACUCCAUCCUGCUUUUUGCAAUAAUUAUUGCCCCUUUUGGACUUAGAAAAUCAUUUUCUUGGUUGAGUAUUAUGUUUAAGGCAACUUUUCUCAUAAACUAUCAAAGCUAUUGCUUUAAAACUUGCAACAGUUUUUCACAAUCAUAAGUGGACACUGUACAUCAAGAAACAUAACUUUAUCCUGCUUUUUGCAAGAAUGAUGGCCCUUUUUAGACUUAGAAAAUCAUGGGUAGGACAAUAUUUCUAUUAUACAAAAAAAAUCAGAUGAGCGUCAGCACCCGCAAGGCGGUGCUCUUGUUUAAAUUUGAAGUGGUAUUGUUUUCACUUCCUUAAACUUUGUAUAUAGUCAGUUCUUGUUCUGAGGCAAACAUUGUAAAUAUUACAGUGGUCUGUUCAAAAAUGUCCUUUCAGUAUCAGUAACUGAGCAGGGAGAAGAACUGUAUUAGUCUUCUUUGGUUGCUUUCGUACUUGUAAAAUAUUUCAUGUUUGUUAAAUGUGAUUACAACAAUUAUUAUAGUUUUUGAAAUUCAUUUGUUAAACUGAUGUUCUGUUCUCGUAGGACACAUACAGCUAAUUCAGAUAAAUUAAUCUUGUUUUGAAAUAAUGCUUGUACAUUCUGUUUAUAAUCUAGAGAUUUAUAGAGUACUGGACAUGCUCCACAUCUGUCCUGAUUCAUUCUAAUAGUGACAGUUUUUCUAAUGGUGGCAGUUUGACUAGAUAUAAACUAGUUACAAACAUUGUUCCAUUAACACCUGGUUUAGACAAGCAUGUCUGUGUUCUGAAUCCACAAAUAUAUCACAUUUAGCAGGUACUUCGUCUUGUAACACAGUCUGCUGUUGCAAGAACUUAUUGUUCCCUCGUCUUUAAGUGUUCUAAUAUUUAUUUAUCAUAGUAACAAUUCUAGUCCUUUUUGAUAAUCUAUCAUGUCAUACUUAUUCAAAAUGUGUAUAGUAAAUGGUAUACAAAUUUUUAA